CAUCCGGCUUCGCCUUCACGACGCCUCCACCUCCUCCUCCCUCCCCCUCUUCACUGGCGCUUUCUCCCUUCCGUCCCCUGCUUUAUUCCCACCCACGCAAAACCCCCCCGACGCCCCGCAAAGCUCCCUCCGCACAUGGAAGCCUCCGGCUAGGGUUGGUUCUCUAGACCCCGGCCAUGGUGAUGCCGACGAUGGCCUCCGCGGCCGCGGCGGCGCUUCACCCGGCGGUCUCGACGCGGCGUGCGGGGGUCGGGAACGGCAAUGCGUCCUCCUUGGCGGCGGGUGGACGACUUGCUGGCGGUGGGCGAGGGCCGGCCCUGCGUGCUAGGGUGGCCGAGGCCGCGCCGGUGGCGGCCGAGGGCGGCAGACAGGAGGCUCAUCCCGCUGUAUCCAUGGUGGAGAUCCCCGUCACGUGCUAUCAGAUGCUAGGCGUUACAGAGAAGGCUGAGAAAGAUGAGAUCGUGAAGGCUGCAAUGGAGUUGAAAAUUGCUGGGAUAGAAGAUGGAUACACAGCUGAGGUGUCUACUUUCAGACAGGCUCUGCUAGUAGAUGUCAGAGAUAAACUUCUGUUCGAACAAGAUUACGCAGGAAACAUAAAGGAGAAGGUGCCACCUAGGUCCUCUCUUCAUAUACCUUGGAGCUGGUUGCCUGCUGCUCUGUGCAUCUUGCAGGAGGUUGGAGAAGAGAAGCUUGUUUUGGAAAUUGGUCAGGCGGCUCUACGACGCCCUGAUUCUAAACCUUAUGUUCACGAUGUGCUUCUUGCAAUGGCAUUGGCAGAAUGCUCUAUAGCAAAAGCCAGCUUUGAAAAGAGUAAAGUGUCCCUUGGAUUUGAGGCUCUGGCACGCGCUCAAUAUCUUUUGAGGAGAAAACCAUCUUUGGAGAAGAUGCCCCUUCUUCAACAGAUUGAAGAAUCACUUGAAGAGCUUGCACCUGCUUGCACUUUGGAGCUUCUAAGCUUGCCUCAGACACCUGAAAAUUCUGAACGCAGGCAAGGUGCUAUUGCAGCUCUCUGUGAACUGCUUAGACAGGGCCUUGAUGUUGAAUCAUCUUGUAGAGUCCAUGAUUGGCCUUGUUUCUUGGGUCAAGCAAUGGACAAACUAUUAGCCACUGAAAUUGUGGAUCUUCUUUCUUGGGACACUUUGGCUACAACUCGUAAAAAUAAAAGAUCAUUGGAGUCCCAGAGCCAGAGGGUUGUAGUUGACUUCAACUGCUUCUACAUGGCGAUGCUUGCUCACCUUGCAUUUGGAUUUACAACCCGCCAGACUGAGUUGAUCAAGAAAGCUAAAACCAUAUGUGAAUGUUUAGUUGCAUCUGAGAGCACAGACCUAAAAUUUGAGGAAUCUUUUUGCUCAUAUCUUCUUGGAGAGGAAACUGGCACCACAGUGUUUGAAAAGCUUCAGCAGCUUCAAAGUACUGGAAGUUCAAAUUCGAAGAAUUAUGGGUUAGAUAAAAAGAAGGGCAGCAGUGACAGGGUUACUGUCAACCAGUCACUGGAACUGUGGCUAAAGGAUGUGGCCCUUUCUCGUUUCGCAGAUACGAAAGAUUGUCCUCCAUCUUUGACCAACUUUUUUGGAGCUCCUAAGCGCGUCCUUAACACAUCCAAGCAGAAACUGGGAUCCCCAAGAUCAGUCCUUUUGAGCUCUCAGCCAUCUUCUAGUGCCUCAGCAUGCAACAGAACUUCAGCAGAGCAGACCCCAAGAUUGAGUCCAAACAGCCAUCUGGGGGAGGCUGUUAAGCAACUUGCACCUGCCAACUUGGGGCUCCAAUCAUCAAUGGAUAGGCAAGUAAAUGGUUCAGGGACAGCAUCUGUUCCCCUGAAGCGCAAUCCUGGAUCCCAUCUCAGAACAUUGGAAUUAUGGGGACUAAGUGGAGAUGUUAUAGGAAAGCUUGCCUAUAGUGCACUCCUAGGUUUUGUUGUAUUUAGCACAUUAAAAUUGGUCAAGUUUCAGUUUGGGCAUGUGAGAUACACGAACCCAAGUAGAGAGUCUGCAUCCGUGUCAUCCUUGAAUGAAGCGUCUGCAUCAGAAGGUUCUUUUAUCACCAGUGGUGUCAGGAAGCAUUUUGAAAAUUUGUCAAAAUUGCUUUGGCUGAGUAGGCUUAAUUCAAAUAGCGGAGAAAGUGAUAAGCACCCAGCAGCUAAUGAUAUCACUGCUGCAGUUUGUAAGCAAAAGAUGGAUAUUCAAGAAGCAGAAGCACUUGUAAAACAGUGGCAAGACAUAAAAUCUGAAGCUCUUGGCCCUGACUAUCAAACUGACAUGCUACCAGAGAUUCUUGAUGGUUCAAUGCUUUCUAAGUGGCAAGACUUGGCAUUGUUAGCAAAGGACCAGUCCUGCUAUUGGAGAUUUGUGCUGCUGAAUCUUAAUGUUGUUCGAGCUGAAAUAACCUUGGAUGAAGUUGGUGCUGGUGAAGCAGCAGAAAUUGAUGCUGUGCUUGAGGAAGCGGCUGAGCUUGUUGAUGAUUCCCAGCCCAAGAAACCCAGUUAUUACAGCACAUACGAAGUUCAGUACGUAUUGAGGAGGCAGAAUGAUGGAUCUUGGAAAAUCUCUGAGGCUGCUGUUCGGGACCUGACGUGAUUUCUGCCAACUGGGCGAACGGACUACAGCCAUGUCUUAUCAGCCAAGCGAACAGAGCGGCCUUCGGCGGAUAGGUCACAGGCAGAUCUUGUGAAGUUCCAACGUGGCAAUCUUAACCCAUUAGAAAUAUGUAGUGGUACUAUUAGGUUACCUGCAAAUCAAUUUGAGUUCUUUGCAAUAGUUAGCCGAGUUCCAUUUGGAUGCUCGAGGUCUUGAGCUGCUUUCAUGGCCAGCUCGGGAGACUUCUCGCUUCAGGAUUUGACACAAUAGUUGCUGGCAGUACAGAUGCUAAGCACUGCUGAUACCACAUUCAUCCUUUCCCGAUAUGGUAUUAAUUAUGUUUUUUUAGUUUUUGAGUUUUACCCACGUGUAAUUGAUUUUUUUUAUAUGGACGUGUAAUUGAACUCGUGACCGCCAUUGUUCAAAGAACAAUGCAAUUCGCUGAAUUGAUGUUUUGUGUUUCACAGUA